ACAAAAUAUGUCCAGGUUCAAUAUAAAUCUUCCCACACACUCACAUGAUAUAACUGUGUAACCACUAGCCUCAUUUUGCACCUAGAAAACAGCCUCUUUCCUAGGGUUAGCCAAAAGUAUUCUUGAGCCAUGGGAGAGGUAGAUCAAUCUUUCAUUCAAGCAGUUGAACACAGGCCUAAACUAGCCAUCACUGAAGCUGAAGGCAUCCCGUUGAUCAACCUCUCCGUUUUUAACUCUCAUGAUUUGCCCUCUGACCCUAGUUCCAUUGAAACUCUAGCAGAAGAGAUAGGGGAUGCCUGUAAGAACUGGGGUUUUUUCCAAGUUAUCAACCACGGGGUGCCAUUGGAAAAGAGAGAAAAACUCGAGUUGGCAUCAAAAAAGUUCUUUGCACAGUCAACAGAGGAGAAGCUGAAGGUCAGGAGGGAUGAGGUGAAUCCACAGGGUUAUUAUGAUAGUGAGGUGACCAAGAAUGUAAGGGACUGGAAAGAGGUGUUUGAUAUGACGGUGAAGAACCCAACUGUUAUACCGGCUUCACAUGAGGCUGGUGACAAUGGACUCAAGGAGGUGGUUAAUAGGUGGCCUGAGUACCCUCCUGAAUUGAGGGAGGCAUUUGAAGAAUAUGCCGAGGAAAUGGAGAAAUUGGCUCACAAGUUGUUGGAACUCAUCUCACUGAGCUUAGGCUUGAAAGCAAACCGAUUAAGUGUCUUCUUCAACGACCAUACCAGCUUCACCAGGCUCAAUCACUAUCCACCUUGUCCGAUCCCUCACCUAGCUUUGGGCGUUACACGACACAAGGAUGCUGGAGCCUUAACAAUCCUAGCACAAGAUGAUGUUGGAGGACUCCAAGUAAAGAGGAAAAUGGAUGGAGAGUGGAUUCGCGUCAAACCCACUCCCCAGGCUUAUAUUGUUAAUGUUGGUGACAUCAUUCAGGUAUGGAGCAAUGACAGGUAUGAGAGUGUUGAGCACAGGGUAAUGGUGAACUCUGAGAAGGAAAGAUUCUCGAUACCCUUCUUCUUCAAUCCAGACUGUAAUGUCAUGGUAGAGCCUCUAGAGGAGCUGAUAACAGAGCAAGACCAGGUCAAGUACCAGGCAUACAACUGGGGGAAGUUCUUUGCUACCAAAAAGCGCAGUAAUUUCAAGAAGCUCGAUGUUGAGAACAUCCAAAUUUAUCAUUUCAAGAAAAAAGAGGAAUCGUCUUAAAGUACUUGCAAUCCUUUUACGAACACUAUAAUAAAUUGUUCAGCUUCCAGUUUACUACACUAACAAUGCCUUGUGUAGAAGGGAAGAGUUUGAAUGAUAUACACAUUGUCUAGGAGACCCAACCUAGAACUACAAGAAUAAAAGGGUAAAUUACAUUGAACUCUCUCAGUGAGGUACCUGAACUUCAAAUAUAAGUUUCUGCAAUGA